CUCUUAUAAAAGAGAAUUAAUUAGAUGAGCUAAGUGUGAAGUUGCAGUGACUUUUUUCUUAAUGGAGAAAAGAAUGAAAGCCAAAGUUAGAAGAAGCACCAACAAACUUAAAACCCUCCACAGAAAUUAAAAACCUCAAUCAAAAAUCCAAAGACAAAACUACAAAAAACAUCAACAGUUUCCCUCCAAUCAUUCCAACCCAAACCCCACAUUCUCUCCUUUUCUUUCUUCUUUUUUUUUUUCUUUUCCAGUUUUCUCCCCCAGGCCCCUACGCAUCCCAAAAACCAACCCAAAUAAAUCCCUCUCCCACCCCUCCAAAAACCACAAGACGAACUAAAACAAAAAAAAAAGAAUAAAUAAAAGAAGAAAAAACAUGCUACCCUCUCAAGCACUUGUUUUAGUGGUCAUGUUACUACUGCUAUCACUUGUAACUAUCAUCGCCUCAGCCACCACCACCACACUCAAAACCAUCUCAUACCCUCAUUUCCAACUCUUGAACGUCAAAGAAGCAAUCACCGAAACAAAAGCAUCACAAUAUCAAGAACUAUUCGACAAUCAGAAUGACACUCUAACUGAAGGCAAGUGGAAGCUAAAACUAGUCCAUAGAGACAAGAUCACAGCUUUCAACAAGUCUUCAUAUGAUCACUCCCACAAUUUUCAUGCACGUAUACAGAGAGACAAGAAAAGGGUCGCUACCCUCAUCCGUCGCCUUUCACCACGUGAUGCCACCAGUAGUUAUUCCGUGGAGGAGUUUGGGGCAGAGGUGGUGUCAGGGAUGAAUCAAGGUAGCGGAGAAUAUUUUAUAAGAAUAGGAGUUGGUAGCCCGCCAAGAGAACAGUACGUAGUUAUUGAUUCGGGCAGUGAUAUAGUUUGGGUCCAAUGUCAGCCUUGCACCCAAUGUUACCAUCAAACCGACCCGGUAUUUGACCCGGCUGACUCAGCCUCCUUCAUGGGCGUCCCUUGUAGCUCCUCGGUCUGUGAAAGGAUCGAGAACGCGGGCUGCCAUGCGGGCGGGUGUCGCUAUGAAGUGAUGUACGGUGAUGGGUCGUACACCAAGGGCACCCUUGCCCUCGAAACUCUAACAUUCGGGCGGACGGUGGUCCGCAACGUGGCUAUAGGGUGCGGGCAUAGGAAUCGGGGGAUGUUUGUUGGAGCAGCUGGAUUGUUAGGGCUUGGAGGCGGAUCCAUGUCUCUUGUGGGUCAAUUGGGCGGUCAAACUGGAGGUGCAUUCAGUUAUUGUCUAGUAAGUCGUGGAACAGACUCUGCUGGGUCACUAGAAUUCGGCCGUGGAGCAAUGCCCGUGGGUGCUGCUUGGAUUCCUUUGAUCCGUAACCCUCGAGCCCCAAGCUUUUAUUAUAUCCGACUUUCGGGUGUUGGAGUUGGAGGGAUGAAGGUGCCGAUAUCUGAAGAUGUUUUCCAAUUAAAUGAAAUGGGGAAUGGGGGUGUUGUGAUGGACACCGGGACGGCUGUCACGAGGAUCCCAACGGUGGCUUACGUGGCGUUCCGAGAUGCUUUUAUAGGUCAAACCGGGAACCUCCCUCGGGCUUCCGGAGUAUCCAUAUUUGAUACGUGUUAUAACUUGAAUGGGUUUGUGUCGGUUCGGGUACCAACAGUGUCAUUUUAUUUCGCGGGGGGGCCAAUACUGACCCUUCCAGCAAGGAACUUUCUGAUACCAGUGGAUGACGUGGGGACUUUUUGUUUUGCAUUUGCAGCUUCCCCAUCAGGACUUUCCAUCAUAGGAAACAUUCAGCAAGAGGGGAUUCAGAUUUCUUUUGAUGGGGCCAAUGGGUUUGUGGGGUUUGGCCCUAAUGUUUGCUAAGUGGAUGUAAAGGGAAUUUUGGUAGCCAAACUUUUAGUUUUCUAAAACAUAUUAGUAUCAGUGAUUAGUAUAUACCUAAUAAGAAUGCAUGUAUGUCCUUAGACAUUAAUAUAUGUGUGAAGCUAAAGUUGUGCCUUUUUCUCCUGAAUUUUAUAGAAAUGACCAUGAAGGAGAAAAGAGAGAGGCUUUCUUUA